CUCAACAAUAUAAUUUUUUUAUAAAUCAAGACAUAUACAUCUAUCAAGACUUCAUUACACAAUAGAUUCCAAUGAAUUGAAGUCCGAACAACAGCAAUCCACAAAGUCUUAUAAAAAAUUACCCGCACCCAUGGUGGAUGAUGAUCUUUUGGAAUUUUUGGUUCGCGUGGCAGACAAUCCAGCGGAAUGGAAUAAAAUUCGUCGUGUUUUAAGUAUGUUAGGACGGGAAGAGACGGGCACGGUGACUGCGGUGAGGGCCGACGGAGGUAACCACGUCGGAGCUGCCGCCGUCAGUACCGCGUCCACGUCGAUACCGAUGCCGCAAAUCACCACUCCAUCACCGGCACCGGCGAAGAUCACAACGACAGUGGCGGACUUGGGCAACGAACGUGGUCCAAAACACCAACCACCCCCACCGCCGACCACAACGAAGACGUUGUGGCCAUCAUCCGAUUGGAUCUUGAAAAGGGUCCAAGACAUCAAAGCGGCGGCAAAGGCCCGGGGAAUAGGCGCCGGGGGCGAGGACUACGACGGUGACGACGACAGCAACGAUUACGAUUACAAUGACCAAACCGACGACGAAAUCGAAGAGAUCGAAGCACCAACCGCCGAGCCACCACUGCAGCCUUCGCGGCCGCCAUUGCUUAGAACGGUGUCUGGCCACAUGUCCCGGUAUGAGUUCAAGCGGUUGGACGGCAGACCGAACGAUGGUCGUGUCAACGGAACGUACGUGGCCGUCAUCGAGAGCGAUCGUCCGCCACGCGUCGUCAUCUACGACUCGGCGAGGCAGAAAAAACCAAGAACCGAAAAAUAGAUCCAUCAAAAGACAGUGGAUGACGAAUUGCAAACGGCAGCUAACGAUCGCCCGAAAUAAUAUUAUUUUCCGCAUAGUAAUACACACAAACACACACACACACACACACUCACACAGUCACACAAAAGAAGAUUUUGUUGUUUCAAUCAAAUAAUAAAAUAUUAUUAUAAUACCUACAACAUUAUGUUAUAAACUCGUCUGGUUAAAUAUAUUUCUCUCGUUCAUAUUUUAAUACGUUUUAAUUUUUCGAUGAUACGACCAAAAUUAACACUGUCACGUAUUAAUUUUUAAUUAAUAUAUUAUAAU